AAAAAAAAAGGGGGAAAUUCAGGUUCCUGUGUUUGUGUCCUGGGUGCCCCGCAGGAUGCUCUUGGGGUAUUCACAUUGAUCGCUGGGUUCAGGUGCCUGCCGGGUACCCCUGCUGUUACUGUUUUUCCUUGGUGACUGCCGAGCAUCUUUUGGGGGUCACUUUGAGGCUGUGAGCUCUGUUUCUCGCCAUACGUUCUCUGUGGGUCCAGCAUCAUGGAUGCAUCUUGCCUGAGACUGUUGUGUUGGGAUGUUGGUCAAGUGAUGGUUUUAAAGUACUUCCCUCAUUCUCUCUGCACUCACUCGUGGCUCCCCACCGCCCCGUGAGGACGUGCUUUCCCGCCACCCCCACCUCACCUGGGUCUGUGGGUUCCUGGGUUCCUGGGUUCCUGAUUCCUGGGUUUGUGGGUUCCUGGGUCCAUGGAUCUGUGGGUUCCUGGGUUUGUGGGUCCAUGGGUUUGUGGGUUCCUGGGACCUUGGGUUCAUGGGUUCCUGGGUUUGUGGGUCCAUGGGUUUGUGGGUUCCUGGAUCUGUGGGUUCCUGGGUCUGUGGGUUUCUGAGUCCAUGGGUUCCGGGGUUCUUGGGUGCCUGGGUCCCUGGGUCUGUGGGUUCCUGGGUUCGUGAGUUCUUGGGUUCGUGGGUUCAUGGAUCUGUGGGCUCAUGGGUUCGUGAGUCUAUGGGUUCAUGGGUUCCUGGAUUCCUGAGUCUGUGGGUUCCUGGGUCUGUGGGUGUCUGGGUUCCUGGGUUUGUGGAUUCCUAGGUUCAUGGGUUCUGGGUCCGUGGGUUCAUGGGUUCCUAGGUUCAUGGGUUCCUAGGUUCAUGGGUUCCUGGGUUCCUGUGUUCGCUGCCGCUUGCUUUGCUCUGUGUUACCGGCAGGCUACUGGGGAGCCAUCCUCACUUCCUGCACCUCGACAGGCUCCAGCUCUUUUCCCUGCCUCAGCCCUGAAAUCAGCCAUUUCUACACAGACUGUGAAGCCUGUUUUUAAAAUAAAAUCCUAGUUAUUAUUUUUUCAAGUUAUAGUGUGGCUGUUGUCCCGUUUCUAAGGUUGUGUGUGUGCUUUGUGCAACCAGGAGGGUUCAGAAUGUGGGUGUGUAGCCCCUCAUGGUGCAUGGUGUGAAGGGAGCUGGCCCUCGCCCUGCAGGAAUGGUUGGUGGGAUUAGGGAGGGAGGCUGGCUUGUCAGCCAUAGAGCCCCGUCCUGUGAGGGCUCUGACGCUGAGACAGAGGUGAGUCCGGGCCGUGGCUGUCAGCUGGGGGCUCUGAGCUGGGACAGAGGUGAGUCCGGGCCGUGGCUGUCAGCUGGGGGCUCUGAAACUAGGACAGAGGUGAGUCUGGGCCGUGGUGUGAGCUGGGGGCUCUGAAACUAGGACAGAGGUGAGUCUGGGCUGUGGUAUGAGCUGGGGGCUCUGAGGCUAGGACAGAGGUGAGUCCGGGCCGUGGUGUGAACUGGGGACUCUGAAACUAGGACAGAGGUGAGUCUGGGCUGUGGUGUGAGCUGGGGGCACUGAGCUGGGACAGAGGUGAGUCUGGGCCGUGGUGUGAGCUGGCAUCCCAGUUGCUGGUGGCUCUCCCCAGCUGACAUUGACCAGCAUUGGGUGUGCAGUGUGACUGGCUCUGAUUUGUGCUGCUUAGUUUGAGACAGUUUGAAUGGAGCCACUGCUGCAGAGAGACCUCCUUCUGAAGCAUCACAGUGGGCCUGGCUGGCCCUGACCCAGCGCAGGACACCCCUCUUGGAGUCUGGGGCUCUUGGCUGUGGGCUGGAGAUGACAGUGGUGACUGCCGAGGGUGGUGGGAGUGGUCAGCGCCGAGCGCGUGAUUUCAGACCCAGUGAGCCAGGUGGGCACAGCCUUUAGCUGGUGUGUUGUGUCCCCUGGCCUGGAACAGCCCCAUGGGUGGGUGGCACCUAUCAGGACCUGUGCACAGACCCUGCCUGGAUUUGGUCUGCCCAGUCUCCUGGACCUGACAGCAACAGGGCUGUGCCUGGUGACGGGAAGGCUCCGAGCCAGGCCGGGUGGCCCACUGUGCGCGUAGCUGCUGUGUUGGUGGCGCCUUUGCCCUGGCCCUCGUUCAGGAAGAUGCUGGCUUUUGGGCUCUAGCGAAGUGCCUAUUGGUUUCUGUUGAGAGCAGUUGUAUGUGCACAUUUUAAGUGUGGAACGCAGGUAUUGAACCGUGUUGAAACCUUUCCAGCGUUGGCAGAAGUGUGCGUGUGAGUCUCCUUUGUCCUCUUACUUUACUGGCAGGUGGUGUGGCCCGAGUGGCCGGCGGUCCUUCUGAUGGGGCGGCCCACGUGCCUCCCACGUGCCAGGCUUUUGGGGCAGAUGCUUGUGAACGCUGCUGCCUAUGGGUUGCCUUCAUUGGUGGAGGCACAAAUCCUGAAGAGCCUGUGGCACGGACUGCUCAUCUGUAAGGAAAGUGGAGACAUGACCUUGAGAUUUGGCUCAGAACUAGCAAUGCCGGGGCCUUGGAGAGUCUGAUGUUCCAGCACUCCAGUGCCUGUUGGUGUGGACGGAGGACACGGGGCCCCAACCAUGGUCACACUCAUCACUGAGAAGCUACAGAGCCAGAGCCUGGACGACCUCACCUGCAAGACUGAGGCUGGUCCGUAUUCUGCCGAAACCCUGAACAACAGCGGUCGUCUGUUCCCUUUGGAGCUCAAUGACCAGGGUCCCUGGAAGGUCUUAAGUGGAGGACGGCCCGUUGGAAGCCAGGCAGCCACGAGACCUGAUUUCUGCUUCCUGCCAGGCCUGUCUGCUGCUGCUCACACCAUGGGUCUUCAGUGGCGGCCAGAGUCCCCGGGCCCAGGCGUGGGCCUGGGCGCAGCCAGCACUGUGGACCCCAGUGAAAGUACAGGCUCGUCCACGGCCCCACCGACCAAGCGACAUUGCCGGUCCCUGUCAGAACCUGAGGAGCUGGUGCGCUGCCGGUCCCCCUGGCGCCCUGGCAGCUCCACGGUCUGGACUCCAGUCUCCAAGAGGCGGUGCAACAGCGGUGGGAGCGCAACACUGCAGGGAAGCCCCGGCGCCGUCCUGCCGAGGAGUGCCGUGUGGUUGACCGGUCCCACCUCACCCGCCACGCCCCGGCCGUCCUCGGCCAGCAGCGGCUUCGUGGACAGCAGCGAGGGCAGUGCAGGCUCAGGCCUGCCCUGGUGUUCCGCAGAGCCCUACUUGCUCUCCGUGAGGCGACGCCUGUCCCUCUCACAGGAGCAACUCGCAGGUGUGGGCACUCCCCUGCCCUCGGCCAGCAGCAGCCCCACGUCCACGCCUGAGCUGGGCCGGCACCGUGGGCUGCUCCGGUGCCGCUCACAGCCCUGCGUGCUCAGUGGGAAGAGGAGCCGGCGCAAACGGAGGCGUGAGGAGGACGCCAGGUGGACACGCCCAUCCUUGGACUUCCUAAAAAUGACCCGGACUUUAAAAAAUUCAAAAAGCCUUUGCUCCCUCAAUUACGAAGAUGACAAUGAGGAUGACGCCCCGGUGAAGAUGGUUGUGUCCUCCCCGUGUGAAUCCCGGGGCCUCCCUGGCAUCACCAUGCCUGGCUGCAGCCAGAGGGGCCUCAGGACCAGCCCUGCCCACCCCAACCUGUGGGCCUCAAGGGAGUCGGUGACCGGUGAUGGCUCGAGCAGGAGCAACGGGGACCCCAGUGAUGGGGACAGCGCUGGGGAGGAGGGUGUCUUCCUCCGGGCCCGCGGGGAGCUGGACCUGGAGCAGAUCGAGAACAACUGAGGCUGGCGGGGGCUGGUUUGGGCCACUGCUGCCGCCUGCACCUGCCCUGGGGCACAGAGUAGGUUUCAUGUGACUUGGAACAUUGAGGCAUAAUUUUGAUUCAGUUUUUCCUAAAGAAGUAUUUUGCAUUUUUAUGGCUUUUGCAGUUCGGGAGAAAGCUUCUCUAUUUUGAAUGCAUUUCAGAAGGGCAUUUUAUUAAACAUGAAUCUGCAAACAGAUUAACACGGGUCUGUGUUCCUCAUGAAAAGUCUGCCGUGCAGGGCGCCUUGAGUGCUUUAGUUGCUAGGAAACCCCAGGCGCUGGUGGUCAGGGCCCCACUGGCCCUGUGUGUCCCCUCCUUCCCGAGGGGUCAUGGUGCUUGGGGCUUGUGCAUGGGCAUCUGUGGCCAUGAACCUUGUCACCCACGUGCCAGUGAACCACCGGCUUGUGGUUGCCUGGUUUUCCACCGGUGGCGGUGAUGGCCUUUGGGGCAGGCCGAGCUGCCGUGAGUCCUUGCUGCCCGUGGCCUGGGAGGGCCCUUGUGCCUUCAGGUGGGGAGCGGUGCCAGGCCUCUGGGAAGGCCGUCCUGGCGGCAGCUCCCGUCAGCACCCACUCUGUGAGUUUAAUACGAGGCGUUUUAUUUGAGUGUCUGACUUCUGAUUAAUUUUCGUUUCCACCACCUGAAGUGGGCCUGGCUGCACCUCGGGCCUCUGGUCUCUGGCUCAGAACCAGACAGGGCAAGGGAUUUCCUGUUUUUCAUUCCUGCACUUUUAAUGAAAUUGUAGAGGUUUCGAGUUUGUGAUAGCAAAAGAAAUCAUUAA